GCGCGGCGGCCUUGUGCGCGAGCGCACCGCAGGUUUAGCUGCGAGUCAGUUCCACCCCAGACCUCCGCAUGGUCGGUCGCGUCACGGGCGCCAUAAAUGUGUUGCAGCGAGUGUACGAUCCUGUCCAAUUAGUGCACUCGCGGGAAACGAGUUAAGUGGCCGGUUCGACUAGUGAGGCGUUCGGCCUGCGGGGCAAAAUGAAAUGAACUAGUGCGCCGCUGACGAGAUGUUUAUGUGGAAAUUUUGUGUUAAAUAAUGAUAAAUUAAACUAUGUAACAAGUGUAAUUUGUGAAAACGGAACAAUGUUGUUUACUUGGUUAUCGAACGCCCUACUGGUGGUGCUAAGCACAGCUUUGACAGCGAGGAGUGCAUCCUUAUCAGCCACCACGGGAACUCGUUACCAAGCUCCGGACGAAUGUGGAUGGAUGACGGAUUACGACGGCGCGGGAGUAGCUUUACAGUGUAGACUCCGGACUAUAAAUAGCGAAUUGGAAAAUACAAAUUUCAGUGCAAUCCAACCGCAUCCUACGGUUAGGUUACGGAUCGAAUGCAGCGAUGCACUAUUCUUCCAAAGCUCGCUCGCCCCGGGCAGUUUUAGACAGUUAAUAGAACUGCGUGAACUAACCAUCGAGUACUGCAAAAUUGGAAACCUUUCUGAUACCGCGUUCACCGGCCUGCGGGAAUUGAGGAAUUUGACAAUUAGGACACAUAACACAGAUUGGUCCACGAUGUCACUUGAAAUCACUCCGAGCGCGUUCUCUAGAGACGUGCAGAACUUGGAGCGCUUGGAUCUAAGUGAAAACAAUAUGUUAGUAUUUCCCGAUGGAGCGCUAUGCACUCUGAGAAACCUGGAAUACUUGAAUAUGACGGGCAAUAGAAUGAGAGAUGUAAGCCAUUUUCAAUUUUCCACUGCGCAUCGGCAUCCAACAGAAAAAUGUGGAGAUAACCUCUUAGUUUUAGAUCUCUCGAGAAAUGUUAUUGACACAUUACCACCGAACCUUCUCUCCGGUUUAAGGAGAUUGGAAAAGUUAUAUCUUCAGGACAACGGUUUAAACUCAGUCGCUGAUAGAGCACUGGAAGGACUUAUUUCACUGACAACGAUACGAUUUUCGGAUAAUCUACUUACAAGCUUGCCACCGGAACUAUUUAGUGAUACUAAAAAUUUGAAAGAAAUAUAUUUAAACAAUAACACGAUAACAGUGUUGGCACCUGGAUUGUUCAGCGACUUAGUGCAAUUGCUUGUGCUCGAUUUAUCAUACAAUGAAUUGACCUCUGACUGGAUAAACACGUCGACAUUUUCAGGACUAAAAAGACUAGUCUAUUUAGACUUUUCACACAAUCGUGUCUCCAAAUUGGAAAUAGCAUUGUUUAGAGACUUGCACAAUCUUCAAAUACUUAAGAUGCAGGACAAUUUUAUCGAACAUAUUCCAGAAAACGUAUUCAGCUCACUAAGCAAUUUGCACACAUUAACAUUAUCAAACAAUAGACUGACGAACAUAGAAAGCUAUGCAUUUACAGGACUGCAAGUAUUGUCGGUUCUUUCCAUAGAUAGCAACCGCAUUUCCAGGAUACACUCGCAUGCGCUACGUAAUUGUUCUACAUUACAAGACUUGCAUUUAAAUGGAAACAGACUGGAUGAAGUUCCAGCCGCUUUAAAAGAAAUUCCUCAGUUAAAAACACUCGAUUUAGGAGAGAACUUAAUAGUCAGUAUAGAAAAUGCAUCUUUUAUGACCAUGGAACAAAUGUAUGGCUUGAGAUUGACUGAAAACAAUAUUGGAAACAUCAGCAAAGGCGUUUUCGAUAAGAUGACGUCACUUAAAAUAUUGAACCUGUCAAGAAACAAAAUUCAUAAAAUUGAAGCCGGCGCAUUUGACGGGAACAUUAAUUUGCAAGCCAUACGAUUGGAUGGGAAUUACCUCACAGAUAUUGGAGGGUUGUUUGCCAAGUUGCCUAAUUUAUUAUGGUUGAAUAUUUCUGAUAACCGAUUGGAAUGGUUCGACUACGCAAUGAUUCCAACUGGAUUGCAGUGGCUGGAUAUUCACGCCAACAGGAUUGCUGAACUUGGAAAUUACUUUGAGAUUGAAUCACAGCUAUCUCUCAGCACUUUUGAUGCCAGCUCUAAUAGAUUAACAGAAAUAACCGGCAGUGCUAUACCCAACUCCGUCGAGAUGUUAUAUCUGAACGACAAUUUGAUCUCAAAGGUGCAAUCUUACACGUUUUUCAAGAAACCUAAUCUAACGCGUGUCGAUUUGUACGGCAAUAAGAUAACGAGUUUGGAUCCCAACUCUUUGAGAAUAUCUGCUGUGCCACAAGAUAAAUCAGUGCCGGAAUUUUUCAUAGGCGGAAACCCAUUAGAGUGUGAUUGCACAAUGGAUUGGCUACAAAAAAUAAACACCGGAAACAGAGCAAGAACUCAACCCAAAUUAAUGGAUUUGGACAGUAUAUACUGCAAAUUAUUGUACAGUCGUGGUAAUGGAUACGUUGCUUUGGUGGAAGCGGCACCGCAUCAAUUUCUCUGCAAAUAUGAAUUUCACUGCCAUGCUCUAUGUCACUGCUGCGAUUUUGACGCCUGUGACUGUGAAAUGACUUGCCCAAACAAUUGUACGUGUUAUCACGAUCCAUCGUGGUCGGCUAAUGUCGUCGAGUGUUCCAAUGCCGGUUACGCAAAUAGUUUACCUGAGAAAAUACCUAUGGAGGCCACGCAACUGUACCUCGACGGAAACGACAUUAAAACACUACCGAGCCAUGCAUUCAUCGGAAGAAGAAAAUUAAAAAUAUUAUACUUGAAUGCUUCAAACAUAGAAACAGUUCACAAUAGAUCAUUUAACGGUUUGAAAGAACUCGAAGUGUUGCAUUUGGAUUUCAAUAAAAUUGGAACUCUCGAUGGUCAAGAAUUUGACGGUUUGGACAAUUUACAAGAACUCUACAUCAAUAAUAAUUUGAUAACACAAGUAGGCAAAGAAAUGUUCAAUCACAUGGCAAGGCUAAGAAUAUUACACCUUCAUCAUAAUCGAUUAAAAACAUUAACAGUGUGGCAAAUUAAUCCAGCGAUAACAGAAGUAACACUCUCCUUUAACCCUUGGUCGUGCGAUUGCGAAUACACAGAGAUGUUUAGAGAAUGGACAAAGAGAGUGUCUUCUAUAACCGAUGUAUCAGACAUAAAAUGUAUUUUUUCGAAAGGAAACAGUACUGAAAUGGCUGUAUACAAUGAAAGUAUGUAUGACGACCCUAAUGCAGGAUUUAAGAUCAUCAGUGAAAAUGGCUCUAUUUGUACUGGUUUGCCAAAUAUAAACAAUAGUAUCAACGGGAACUUAACAGCAACCAGGACAAUUAUAACGAACGAGGAAGUACAAGAUUACAUGCCACUUGUCAUAGCCAUACUUGUAGCACUUUUAUUUGUACUACUAAUAAGCCUUCCGAUGUUCAUAUAUAGACAAGAACUGCGAGUGUGGUGUUUUUCAAAAUUCGGAGUGAGAAUCUUUUACAGACAAAGCGAAACAGAUCGAGAGGAUUCAGAAAAAAUGUACGACGCGUUCAUAUGCUACAGCUCCAAAGAUGAGGCUUGGGUAACAGAGGAACUGGUACCAAUGUUAGAGCGCAGUGACCCUUCAUACAAACUUUGCCUACAUUAUCGUGACGUGGGCGGCUACGUGACCGAGAAGAUAAGACAAGCUGUAGAAUCUUCGCGUCGUACUAUUAUGGUACUCAGUGACAACUUUUUGAGAUCCGAGUGGGUUCGUUAUGAGUUAAAGACUGCUUUCCAUCAAGUGUUAAGAGACAGGCGAAAAAGAUUGAUUGUGGUGUUGUUAGGUCAAGUGCUUCAAAAAGAUCUCGAUCAGGACAUAAGACUGUACUUGAAAACGAAUAAGUGUUUGUACGCGGACGAUAAGUUGUUCUGGGAAAAGUUAAAGUUUGCGUUGCCGGAUGUGCGUAGUAACCAACGGUGUAGGAACAUGCCGAGUCCCGGCGCGGGUGGAGGCAUGCCGAUGCACAGGCACAGGAACCACCCGCGCGGACACCCUGUGAUGCAUGCGCCGCCGCCGGUGCACGGCGCGCACCCCGUGCUGCCGCCGCACCCGUCGCACGCGCCGCACCAGGCGCCGCCGCGCGCCUCGCCUCGCACCAUGUCCGUCCAUGUUUAGUGUAUAAACAGACACCAUUACGAACUGUGAAGUGUUGUGCACUCGGAAGUGAUAAAAGACAUUUUUGUGGUUGUAAAAUGUGAUAGCUAGUCGGUUACUGUUAAAACAUUGUAUAUAUUUCUAUAAAUGUCCGAAACAGUAAUGUAAAUAUUCCUAAUUUUAAACAUACGAUUACUUCACAAGGAUAAUUUUAAUUAUUUUCUAUGUAGCUUUGUAUAUGUACCACAAAUUAAUGCCAUUAUAUAAAAAGUACUGGUGUAACAAAUGUUCAUAGCCUUAGAGUGUAGCAAUGAACGUGAUGGAAGCUUAAUGUUGUAAAAUAAAUUUUAGUACAUUUAGGCCUAUUUGGGCUGUGUCUGUUAGGCAAACUUGCCGUCUACUAUUAAUGUUACUUAAAAUGGCACCAUUGCCGCCGUCUGUGAUAAAAUUAGUUUUAGUUAACUUUCUUAUAAUAUCAUCCCAUCAAUGUAUAUUUUGUGUGUUAGUCAUAUCAAAAAAUAUUUAUUGUAAAAAAUUCAAAAUCGACUGUGUCAAAAAGUGAU